UUCGUUUCCUGUUGUGUUCGAAAGAAGAAAUUUGUGGCUCGACACACCUAUCAAUAUUGUGUAGUCUUUCUGUGCUUUAUUGCUUCUGUCAUCGAAUAGGCCCGUGCAUGCACCAUGAAGACUAUGCCAUCCCUCGAGUUUCGGCAAUCUUUGAAAGGGGGACGACCAAUCCCAGCCGAUGAGCUGCGUCAAAGCCUUUCACACCAAGAAGUCGAAUACGGCUCUUUUCUCCCAAAAUCUUCAACUUUCCAUGAAACAGAAUUACGGCCCUGCUCGGAAUUGCAAAAACGCCGUUACCAACGAGAUUUGAUUUUGCUCGCAUGCGCAGCACUCAUCAUCUUGUACGUCAGUGGUUUUCCGCCAAGAAUUAAGAAUGCUGGUAUCUUCAAGAAAACUUCCUCAAUUAUUCCAGAGGGUACUACAUACGCUGCAACAACAGCAGAACUGAAAAACGAGAUUCCGGCCUGCGGAGACGAACCAUGUUUUCAUCCUGACCGCGUUCAAGUACGCCGAGAUCGACCAUAUUUCCCAUCGUUUUGGAAUUACAAUGGUAACCUAAGUGUUUCGUAUGAUGAACGUGCAAUACGUAUCAAUGACAAGCGUGUUUUACUCUUGUCUGGUAGCAUGCAUCCGGUACGCGCGACUCGCGGUACCUGGGAGCAUGCUUUGGACGAAGCUGUCUACAAUGGUCUCAAUAUGAUUACGGUAUAUAUUUUUUGGGGUGCGCAUCAAUCCUUUCGUGACGAACCGUUAAACUGGUCCUUGGACGGAUCUAGUAUAGGUCCAAAAGAAUCUCAAUGGGAAUUGGCAGACGCUCUCCGGUCGGCGGCCAAUCGAGGUCUUUUCAUCCAUGUUCGGAUUGGACCAUACGCUUGUGGUGAAUAUACUUACGGAGGCAUUCCCGAAUGGCUCCCUUUGCAAAGUUCGACGAUGCGUAUGAGAAGGUUGAAUCGGCCCUGGUUAGACGCUAUGGAGGGUUUCGUAGCUGCUACAAUCACCUAUUUGUCUUCUUUCAAUCUUUGGGCUCAUCAGGGAGGACCGAUUCUCAUCGCUCAGAUUGAAAAUGAACUCGGAAGUGGCGUUGAUGGCUCUGCGGCCGCAAAUUACGUUGUACUUGAACGUGAUGAGUUCAAUGACGACAAACACGAAGACUCUCAUCUUCUCCAACUUGAUCGAUACGGGCACAUUUUGGAAAAUGCAUCGUCUCGCGGUAUGGAUUCUGAGUUGCGCAAUGCAACUGUCCAGGACUAUGCGGACUGGUGCGGCAACCUAGUGGCACGAUUGGCUCCGAACGUCAUCUGGACAAUGUGUAACGGUCUUUCGGCGGAGAACACAAUUUCGACUUUCAAUGGAAACAAUGGGAUCGACUGGUUAGAAAAAUAUGGAGAUUCGGGUCGUAUACAGGUAGACCAACCUGCGAUUUGGACUGAAGAUGAAGGUGGAUUUCAGCUGUGGGGUGACCAACCCUCGAAACCUAGCGAUUACUUCUGGGGUCGCACAUCUCGUGCCAUGGCCACUGAUGCUUUGCAAUGGUUUGCACGCGGUGGGACGCAUCUGAACUAUUAUAUGUGGUGGGGUGGGUACAACCGCGGUCGCUCAUCAGCUGCCGGGAUUAUGAAUGCGUAUGCUACGGAUGCUUUCUUGUGCUCAUCUGGCCAGCGGCGACAUCCCAAGUAUGAUCACUUUCUUGCGCUGCAUUUGGUUAUUGCUGACAUCGCAGCAAUUUUGCUACACGCCCCCACGUCAUUGCUCAAAAAUGCUUCGGUAGAGAUAAUGGACGGCGACGAUUGGAUUGUUGGUGACAAUCAACGACAGUUCCUCUACCAAGUUCUGGACACACACGAUUCGAAACAAGUAAUAUUUUUGGAAAACGAUGCCAACACAACUGAGAUGGCUCGACUCACAGGGGCGAAAGCAGACGACUCAUUGGUGUUUGUAAUGAAACCAUACUCAUCGCAAAUUGUAAUCGAUGGCAUUGUAGCUUUCGAUUCAUCCACUAUUUCAACUAAAGCGAUGUCUUUCCGGAGGACAUUGCAUUAUGAACCAGCAGUGCUCCUCCACCUCACAUCCUGGUCGGAGCCAAUUGCGGGUGCGGAUACUGACCAAAAUGCUCAUGUCAGUACCGAGCCUCUCGAGCAAACAAAUUUGAAUUCAAAGGCGUCUAUAUCGAGUGACUAUGCAUGGUAUGGGACGGAUGUGAAGAUCGACGUCGUCCUUUCUCAGGUGAAGUUGUACAUCGGUACGGAAAAGGCUACGGCACUGGCUGUCUUCAUAGAUGGGGCGUUCAUAGGAGAAGCAAACAAUCACCAACAUGCUGAAGGUCCUACUGUUUUGUCCAUAGAAAUCGAGUCGUUGGCAGCAGGGACGCACCGACUGGCGAUUCUUUGCGAAUCGCUAGGUUAUCACAAUCUAAUUGGGCGAUGGGGGGCUAUCACCACAGCAAAGCCGAAAGGCAUUACAGGGAAUGUUCUCAUCGGUUCCCCACUGCUAUCGGAAAAUAUCAGUCUCGUCGACGGGAGACAAAUGUGGUGGUCACUUCCAGGCUUAUCUGUUGAACGAAAAGCUGCGAGACAUGGUCUUCGUAGAGAGAGUUUUGAAGAUGCUGCUCAAGCUGAAGCAGGCCUUCAUCCUUUGUGGUCCUCGGUUUUGUUUACUUCGCCGCAAUUCGACUCUACAGUGCACUCUUUGUUUCUUGAUUUGACGUCAGGCAGAGGCCAUCUUUGGUUAAAUGGCAAAGAUUUAGGCAGGUACUGGAACAUUACCCGCGGUAAUUCUUGGAACGACUACUCUCAGCGCUACUACUUUUUGCCUGCCGACUUUCUUCACCUGGAUGGCCAAUUGAACGAGCUUAUCUUGUUCGACAUGCUUGGUGGGGAUCACUCUGCCGCUAGACUUCUGCUGAGCUCCAUAGAAGAGUCCGAAACGUCCAAAUUUUCUGACGAAGUGGACUUUGCACUUGCGUGUAUAUAAGAAAGUGCGUCUACUAGCUCGCGAAGAAAGUACACUCUACUUUUGUUUAUUAAAGAAACUACUCGGUAAGGAAUUUAGAUAAAGGAUUGACUCUAUGAC